CAACGAUGACUAAACUUUAGGGAAAACUGGCUUGGUUUGUCGUUUUUAGCGCUUUAGUUUGUUAAGGAAAUAGGCCCUCCUCAGCUGUGUUUGUUAGAAACCAAAAAUAUCUGAAUUCGCUCCAGGAUUCUUUGAGUUCUGUCGAGUCCUACCAUCAGCCACAUAGUUUUUUUCGAUUACGUACCAGUGUUUUCCCCCGUUCUACCUUGACUCCUCCAUCCCCGAGUGGUGCUGUGUUUUGUGUCGUCACCUGCUUCCGGAUGGCAAAAUUACGAAGCAUCUUCAAAAAACACCUGAUCCCGAAUCUGGAGCGCAAAUGUCGCCUGUGCCUGUCGGAUAAGGAAAUCGUACAAUCGAUCUUCCAGUCGGACAACAGCAAGGAAACAACCGACACGCUUGUGGAGAAGAUCUUCGAAUGUACCGCAAUCAUGCUCUCCAAAGACUACGACUACCCUUCCCCCAUCUGCGAGGACUGUGCACUAAAGCUGGACGAGUUCUUGCUAUUUCGCACGAAAUGCUUGCGGAGCAACGAGAUCUACCGAUUCAAUCGACUUCACAAGCAGCGGCUUCUAUUUACCAGAAAACCAAUCACGACAGAGGACAGUGGUGGAAUACCUUGUGAAAAGCUGGAUAGUGAGUCUACUGCAUCAACAGACGAGCCGGAUGUUACUGGUGGUGUUGGUGGUGAUGUGUAUCCCAAAGAGGAAAUUACUAUCCCUUUGCCCUACUCAGUUCCUGCCGUGGUCAUUGCCGAGGCGAGUGGAUCGAGCAGCUCCGACAGUCGGACAGUUAUCGAGCAGGAACGAUGUACUGCCGAAGGUGAUCCGGAACAGGAUCACAGUUCGAUCGUGACGCUAACGUUGCAAAACGGAGAGGAAGAAGUUACAGAAAGUCCCUCAAUACAACAUCAACAGCAUCAGCAGCAGGAGAAUGAAACGGGAUGUAACGGGAACCAUCAAGGUUCGUCCUCGUCCGGGUUGGACGAACCAGAGGAUGAGGAGAUCCCGCGUUGGAAGAAGCCACCGGAUCCGGACGAUAGUGAAAGCACCGGACGGUUAUCUCCCGCACCCGUUGUACUUCUCGUGGAUGAAACGGACACUACCAUAAGUGAGGCUGAAGACGUGGAGGAAGUGAUACUACUACCUGCCGAGCUGCUGGACCCUUCCCCGACGACAGGUGACGAACUGGAACGGGUGGAGAUGAUCGGCGACGUAAAGUUCCCGAUCGAAACGAUUGAGCAGCUCGACCAGCUGGAACGAUUAGUUCGAACGUGCGAUACGGCGAGGGAGCGCUAUAUCACUCUGCUGCGACGGCUGAAAACACACGAUACCUCGCUCAGUGACACAUAUCAACGGUUGUUUGCGGACCGGCUGCUGAUCCACUACAACUACGAUGGCAUCUCGCCUAAGUACAACAAACGACCACUGAAAACGUUGCUACUGUUCACCGAAUGUAUGGCUGUGGCCUGGGAGGACCAUAUGGAUGCCGGUAGGGUUAGGGAGGCUGUAAUUGAGGCUGUGAGAAAAUCCCAUAAUCGCUACAAUCAGUACAACCAUCGGAAGCGUGCCAGCUACGAAUGGUUAUAGCUGAAGAUACCCCACUAAGUAGCGGUUCAAGUGAGGGAGCAGAUGAAUCCACAAACUGCCAGCGAAGAAGCCGCAUUAGUUACACGUUUUAUCAAAACACUCCCCAAUUCCCCUGAGAGGAGGUUUGUUUUCACUACAACAUUCACUACGACACAGUUUUCUAUGACACAAUACACAGAAUCGUACGGUUAUUAGAACGAAUAGCUAGAAAAUUGCUACCAAUAAGCAUGGUUGACUGUUGAGACACAGAGCAUAGUAAUAGUAGUAGCAGUAGCAUAGAGAGUAUUAACAUAGACGUAAAGAGUGAGUACGCACAUCGUGUGUUUAGAGCGAAUCGAACCAACUACACCGCGCAAUUUGCAAUUACCAGUAUUACAAUGAUUGUAGUAGUCUCUAUUUAGCAAAAACCUUCACUAGUGGACUAGUGCGUGAUAUACUUAGGCAAUAAAGAACGACACUACUGACUGUAGGAGCUGAGUAGACAGACAGUGACGGUAGCAGCUCGGAUUUAAGCAGCAACGUGUUCUUAGAGAAAUUUAAAACAAACCCCAGUGAUAGUUAUGUGAAGCAACAAACAAACGUACAAUGUACUAACGUCCUGCGAACGGAAACAGCGCUUCACUUUUAUGGCAGCCAUUAGUAGCAGUAGUAGUAGUAGUAGUAGUAGCGUGAGCAAUACCAGUUAGAAAUUAUGUCAGUGUACACGUCAGUAUCAAAUCUUUUCACGCCGUUUUAUCAGUUGCUGAUGAGUGCGUACUUUUGUUAAAAGUGUUCGUAAACUUUUGUACCUUUACAUAAGGCCUGCGUGCGUAUGUGUAUGGCGACUGCGAGAUGCCAUUUUUGAGCCAUUUUAUUGUGUGUAUGUGUGUGUCUAGAUAGAGUGAUAUCAUGAUGAAAGGGGACCAGCAUAGGACACGAUCCCCCGCUCCCAUCUCCCAUCUCCCAGCCAAUGCUCCACUAAAACUC